UUCCGGCAAAUGAUGAAAUGAUGUUGAUUAUUUGGCGCAUGAAUCCGUGAAUAAGUCUGGGAGGAGAAUGUUGAGAUGUUACAUCGGUCUGGCUUUUUUUAUUGGCCACUACGCAGAUUGAGGGCUAUAAAUAUAGACUCGUCGUCUCUCUCCUGCAGAAUCAGAAUCUACACUCAGAACAGUAAAUAAUGGAAGCAGAUAUUGUUCCUGGAAGUCUGAAGAUCAUCGACGGCACAUAUGCAGAUUUCGAGCCAGAAAGUGGAGAUGAAGGAAGUGGAGUUGAAGGAAACGCAUCAUCUGAAAAGAUCAACGGAAAAAUUGUUUUGAAAUAUUUACAGGGAAAAACAUCAAACUUGUCCGUGUACAUGAAAAGUAAUGACACAAAAACGCACUUGGGAUUCUGCUUUGAGCAAAAAGAGAAAAGUUAUGUUCUUGGAGUGGAGGGGGAAAAAUUUUGCUUCAAGAUUCAAGCAAAGGACCGGCCCAAAGAUUUCGGCCAAGAAUUCCUGUGGACAUGGGAUUCGAACAAAGGGUCGUAUGGAAGCCUAAAAACAGUGACUGAACCUGUGCGAUACCUGUGCGUACAGAAAAAAGAGGUCACCCUUAGCUCCGAACCAGACAAUCAUUUCAAAGUUGAAACCACCAAUAUACAAAGCAGAAUGCUCUGUAUGCCGAAUAGUAGCUUAAGGGUGGGGCACACUAUAAUGGCACACAAACCACAUUGCAACACACGGCACACAAGGAUGCAGUGCAGACGAUUGUGUUGCGUUAUGGAGCCACAACAAAAGGUCAGAAAUCAGUCCAGAAAAAGAAAAGCGCCAAACCAGAGCUAAAAGUAUUUUGUGAUCCAAUACCUUUUAAAAACACUUUCAUAGUCGUUUUAAAAGGUGUUAUAAAACAUUCGGUGAGAAAGUGAACAGUUCGCCAUCAAUACAGCAUCUCUUAAUGCAGAAUUAUGUUUGCGUUGGUGAGGAAAGGUCAUGCUUACUCGGUUCACUGUCACGAGAAUUUGUACAUCUCUAUUCAGAUCUGUGAUGUAAUCUUGGUGUAACAUAUACUACGAGAUUGUAUUCUGCAUAUGUAUUGUACGUUUAUUCACAGUACUACAUAUAUAAAUAUAUAUUAUAUAUACAAUUAGAUUACAUUAUACUACUUACAGAUAUCUGUUUCUUGCUUGCUUUUUGAAAUGGAUAUGAUAUUGCAUGUUAUGAUCAGUUGUAUUGGUUAGCAUUUAUAUGAAUAUGAAUUAUGUUUGUACCAUGUAUAGGUUAAGUUUUUUUUUUUUUCAACAAUAAUAAAGCAGCUAUUUAAAUUUUA